GCCGCCCUUUCGCAAAUUUUCGAUCCGAUUUCCAACCCUCAUACAUCCAGGCGUAUCCCCACUCGAUAUGAUCGGACAAUUGAGUCGCAACGUCGGAAAUAAUUCGAUAUAACAGCAGUAAAUGCGGUAUUUCUUGGGUACCACAGGCGUCGAACAUGACUGAUUAUCCACUGGUGAAACAACUUCCUUGUGCGAACGUAGUGCGGAUCGUUGGUAGCGAAAACUCGCUAUGUCCCAAUGCAGCGUCAAGCGUUUGCAAAGGCUGUUUCUUAGUCCAGUACUGUAGUAGAGAGUGUCAAGUAGCGCAUUGGAGUUCGCACAAAAGCGACUGCAAAUCUCCGCUGACAAAGAAAACAUGGAAGCCGUCGUGGGAAGUUGAGAAGCGACUGCCAUCAUUCAUCACGACGAAUGGGCCUCCUAUUGGGAUGAUACCGUAUGGAGCGGAGAAGUAUCUGUGGGGAAACGUGCCAGCUUUUGAUGUGCUUGAUCACAAGCGGAAUGAAGGAGUCGACCUUCCAGAGGAUCUUCACCUUCUCUUUGCCGCAUCUGGUGACAUCAGGAAUGUUGUGAAGUCUUUAUCAGGAUUACCGGAAUUGUACGGUGGGGAAUGUGGAAUUGUUAUCAAUGACAGAGACUUCGAUAUCGUAGCACGGAAUGCAAUCCUGCUGCUAACGGCAUUACACUUCGAGCCCAGUGAGGCUACACACAUAAUGCUCCAUAUUUGGUACUCUGCUCUCAUACCCGAACGCGUGUUCCGCUCCCUCCAGGAUCAAAUACUACCGCUGAUCCAUAAUGUCUGUGCAAAGAUUCGAGGGAGGCCAUUGACGUCCUUACAAUCGAAAACAUGGACAUAUGGUACGCGGUCGUUGAGACUAGUUCUACAAAGAGCAAUGUGGGAUCGUCUUCCCUCAUACCUUAUGGUCCCCGAUGAUCUGUCUAUAGUCCAAGCUCGGGAGGUGAUGGUUUCGACUACAUUGGCCCCAGAAAGGAAAGACUACCUUGAACGCGCGCUCUAUACUCGACCGCCCUCCUGGCGUGUCUGCAAUACGAAGUUCCGCAAGGAUGGUGUCCUGUUGCCAUUUGGGUCAUCUCGUAGAGAUUUUGAUACGCCUAAUCCGACGUUCUAUCAAGCGAAGGGUGUGUGGCCGAUGAAGGACUCUGCAGAUCCUCUCGAAGGCUGGCCGAUAGAAGAAGUGAUUCAAAAGGCACCGCUUGCGAAGCACGAUAUCUAUGGAAGUCUCUUCAUGUACAUCCAAGACAUUCUACUUGCUUUUUGCCGUCAAAUCGGGAGACACAAGGCCUUCUUCGAACUUUUCCAUGUCGAUGCGCUAGAACUACCGGACAUGGUCAAACAACGUAGUACAGCAACGAUGUUUUUCGAUAGGAUCGAGGUUUCAAACAUAGGAGACCGUGGCUACCUUGGACCCCAGGCAACCCUUUCUACAUUUGGUCCAUUGCUCAAACGCAAGUCUCAGAACCCGCAUGCCACUCUUUUAACACUGUUCUUGAAUGCCAUUCAGGAAGUUUCUAGUCCUAUAGACCAGGUAUCCUCUUUCAAGUCUGAGAUGGACCAGCUGAGCAAAUACCUUCCAGCGAGUCCGGCAAUAAUCCAGAAUAGCGACACGAAUAGCGCAGAUUUUUUAAGACACAACGACGCACGUUUCCUGUUCCGCGAUUUCGACAAGCUUUUUCAACGCUUUCAUCUUGAGUGUCACUUUGAGGAGAUAGGCAAAGCUGCAGGGCUCAAGGUUAAGCCAAACAAUACUAUUGUCGAACCAUGGCCCAUGCGGCUUAAAAAGAAUGCUACACAAGAUGAAUUUAAUAAUCUCUUGGCCUCUGGUCAUAACGGAUCGGAAAGAUAUGUCGAGUGGGAGAGUCUGACUUGAUCGACGGAAAUUUGACGCGAUAACUAUAGUUACAUCAUGUGUCAGGUAAACAGCACGUAAACCAUCAAAAUGGUCUUUUCCUUUGAU